ACACCAUACACAUACACACACCACAAGACACAACACACACACAUACACACACAUACACACACACACACCAUACACACACACAACACAAGGCACAACACACACACCCACACACCACAUAGACACAAUACACACACACAUAUACACACCACACAGACACAACACACACACCACAGACACAACACAUACACACACAAACACCACACAGACACAACACACACACAUACAGACACACCACACAGACACAACACACACACAUACACACACACCACAAGACACAACACACACAUACACACAUACACACACACCAUACACACACACACACACACACACACACACACACACACACACACACAUGACUAAACAGUCAUGAUUCAGUUAUCUCCUCAGAAUCUUUUUUUUUUUUUUUUGGUUCUUUUUUUUUUUCCGGAGCUGGGGACUGAACCCAGGGCCUUGCGCUUCCUAGGCAAGCGCUCUACCACUGAGCUAAAUCCCCAACCCCAGAAUCUUUUUCGUACUGUUGAACCUGCCUUACUCUCAGGAGGUCAGAACUCUGAAUAUUCCUGUGUGGGAAGAAUGUUUCUGGGUCCCCUUGUUGUCACUGAGAGAAGGAACCAGGGAAUCGAGUGCUUGAACCUAUGUUUGCACACCAUGGGUUACACUCACAGCCAACUUCUAUGGGUUGUUUCAAACCGUGUUUCCAGUGCUUUAUACAAAUCUCCCCAUUUGGUUCUAACAAUUCCCUGAGUAUAUACUUUUAAUCUCACUUUACAGAGACUCAAGGUUUGAGGAAGGAAACUAGUUCUGGGCAGUGGUACACUACUAGUCAUUGGAAAAAAAAUGGAGACUUUUGUAAGGCAGGAAUACCAUUUCUUAGGUUCAUCCAUGUGGUGUACAUUAAAAAUCUUCUAUUCAGGGAAUGAAAGAUGACUCAGUGGAUAAAAAUAUAAUGAGUUCAACACUGGGACCCAGAUGCUGGAAGGAGAGAACACCCGCAAGUUGUCCUCUGACCUCCACACUUGUGCCUAUGCAUACAGACACACACACAAAAUAAAAUGCACUUUGAACAUUUUUUUUAGUAAUCUUUUAUGCAGAGGUCUGAAGAACGUUUGUGUCAGCAGUAGCAGGAGGGUUUGCUCUGUGUUCUACACCAAAACUCCUGCUCUGCCAGAGCUGUAAAUGCUUAGCGGAAACGUCAGGAAAUGAAGACAGGUUCUGAGCCUAGCGGUCCUGACUUUACUGACUUGAAAGCUUCAUGUCUGCACUCAGAGGUGAUGACCAUCUCGUGAGGAAGCCAGGGUGAUGUUUGCAAAGUUAUUCUGGUAUAGUGCGUCAGAAAUAGACUUUCUGAAUCUCACUCCUUUGUUCAAAAGUAGCUGUUAGAUUCUUGAUGUGAGUCAGACAUAGUAGAUGUGAAUGUCGGUCAGAUGUGUGCAGCUCCUGUGUCUUUCUGAAGUGUGUAUGGGGGAGAGCAGGCCAGUAGGAGGUGGGGCCAUAAUAGAGGAAGGGGAUGAGAAAAGACCCUCACCAUCUUCCAUAGCACUGCGAUGGUCCAGAAUGUGUGUGUGGUCCUUCAGAGUUCUACUGAUGAAUUUGAUGUAGGGCCUCAGACUCUUUAGCUCGCUCUCUCUCUCUCUCUCUCUCUCUCUCUCUCUCUCUGUGUAUUUUUGUAUAUUUUGAGGUUUUUUCUGGUGUGGUUUUUUGCCAUACAAAAAAUAUUUAAUUGUGUGCUAACAUUAAAAAUUAAUUUUUAAAAAUGGGAAAAAGGAUGUUUAUUGUGAGUAAUAGUACAAGUGUUCUGAGUGACAGUGGAAGAACAGUAUUUGGUUCUUACAGGAAUCAAAACAUUACAAGUGGCUUCCUUAGCCCCACAAGAUUGGUAAACCUGAGUUAGGUGACAAUUUAAUUCAUGUAAGUCCCAUAGCAGUGUUUAUAGUGCCAUACAAUAGAAUAUACAUGUUAUCUGGUGUGGUUUUUGUAUGAUGUACUACUACCAUAUUAAAAUAAAUCUACAUUACUAUAUUAACUUGCCAAGUACAAGGGCCACCGGAUAUAGCACUGAAUUUAUAAAUGCAUUCAUAAAGCUUUUUUGUUCUUUGAUUAUUUACCAAUGGCAUAAUAAAAUGGUUUAUUUAACAAUAGGUUGUAGAUUGUAAACAGGAAGGAAACAGACACAAUUGGCUAGUUCAACUCUAUUCCUAAUAUUGGAGCUGCUUUGAACUCGAGACUGCCGUGGUCAGCACAUAUAAAACUCGAGUUCUGGAAGCUGCUGCCACCGUGAAGACUUUUGUCACAAAGAAUGUUGCCACACCAAUGGAGAGCACAGAGAACACACCAAGAAAAACAUGUGACCAGUGGGAUGUUAGCAGAGGAGGGAGGCGAGUAUUAGAGAGUAGUAGUUUCCCUUUGCACAGAGGAGACUUGGAGUGAGGGAGCUUCAAACUUCCUGUGUGUGUCGCACAGGACUUGCAUCAAUGAGUAGGGCACACUGGGGCUUGAUGCAGAAAGAUCUGUACAGCUUGUAAAUACCUCAUGGUAAAUCAUACUCCCUAGGAAUGAAUGGGCAGUGAUGGCUGGGGGUGGCAUGACCUCCAGCCCCAGUCUUUGUCCUUUUGAACUCUGUUUCUACAAUGUGAACAAGAAUCAGGUUAUCCUGUUGGCUGGGGAAACAGUAUUUAUGGAGAAGUUGUGAGUGGGGGGCACUGUAGAGACAUCUGUACUACCGGCACUCACUCAGAAAUCUGAGGCCAGAAGACUGAGUCUCAAGACAGACUGUUGGACAGGACACCCUGUCUCCAGCAAGCAUGCAAACAAAAUCCCAAGUCAGCAUUUAGCUUCACAUUCGGAUGCCUUUCUUUUCCUUAAUCUCGGAGGCCAGCAUAGAAACAUUGUUUAAAUGUUUUGUUUCAUAAAAAAUUAUAUAGAAUGAAUGACAUUAUAAAUCCCAUUCCAUGGCCACUGUUUAGAUAAUCCUCACCACUUGUGCUUCCUGUGGUCUGGAUUCUUUUUGCAUUUACAAACAUCUCUUACUAAUAUUCAAAUAUCUAUGAGAGGAGGACUCCUCUGGAGACUAAAAUGUGGGUGUUUUUUUAAAAGGCAGAUGUAGUUUAGCACUGGUUCCCAACCCAGUCCACCCCCAAUCUAUUGAUGUGGCUGCACUAUGAGUAAUUCUAAGGCUGAGCUGCGGGUGGGGUGGGGCACAGGAUUAGUGACAUCUGCCUGGGGUGCUGCUCAGGAUGCAGGACAGGAGAGGUAUUAGCUUGGAGAUGGCACAGACCUCUAAUCCAGUAGUACUUGAGAGGCUGUGGUGGAUACAUUGUCAAUUUACCACAUUUCAAAAAGUUACUGUUUCAAAAGCCAAAAUUGAAACCAACCGAGCAGUCAAAUAAAUAAAUAGGGGACAAUGAACAUUAACAGCAUUCAGAAGGCCCUGAAAGAUGGUGACAACUGGUCAAAGGUCAAAGGUAGCUUUCCCUUGUUAACCAUGGCUUUCUAUUUCACAGGUCAUUCUUAGUCUUGAGCUGGUGUAGUCCAGAUCUAAGUGACAACCAGUUAGGUUUUUUUUUUCUCUCCCCGGGACAAGUGUGAGCACAUACACAUGGGCAGGUUCCUCUUCAGGAAGCCAGAAAAGGGAACCUAUAGACUCUAAGCCUUUGAAAUUCUUUUUCUUUUCCUUUAAUUGAACAUAGAUUUUUUUUUUAAUCUCUCAGGAUAUAUCCUGGUUAUGGUUUUCCCUCCAUUGACUCCUCCCAGUCUCUCCCCACCCCCUUCCUGUCUGGGGCCAUCUCGUUCCAGUCUCUCAUUGGGGGGAAAAAGGCUUCUAAAGGAUAAUAAUAAAAUAAAAUAAAAUAAAAACUAACAUAUGAUAAUAGAACAAAACAAACAAAAGAAAGAGAGCCCCCCCAACUAGUUCACACACCUAGAAAUUCCAUGAAAACACUAAACUGGAAGUCACAAUAUAUACCCAAAAGAGAAAAAUACACACAAAAAACAAGAAUAAUGUAAAUUUUAAAAAGUUUAAAUAUGAUAUUAUGAAAUAAAAACCUUCCAAAGAUGUCGCUGAGUUCAUUUUACGUUCUCCAUGUACUGCUGGGCUUACUUUGUUUUCCUAGAGAGACUCUCUUAGAGAAAACUACAUUUUCAUUUACAAGUGGUUUAACCAAAGCCACCCUCCUUGUAAAAGAGGAAAGUGGGGGUAGGGAAGGCUAAAGCAGUAACCAGCAACCUCCCUUUUCCUAUGUUCUGGUUGCCACAUGUACCCAUCGCUUUCUCUUCUCUCGUGGGCUCCCUGUUCGCUUGCCCAAGAACUGGAUGAACAGCCAAGUAGGCAGCCAUGGGAGGACAUUAGUGCAGCUCUUGGGCGUGUGGGCUCUAAAAGUAAGUAGACCUGAUGUGUUAUCUGUGAGACCAUGAGCUCAUGGUAAGAAUUGGUCUUAAUUUCCCACUCAGGCGAUGAUGUGUGAGUGAAGGGCAUGUGAUGACCCUGGUUGACAACCAGCACCCAGAGAUAGGUGCCUUUCCUCUGAGUUUGCCGGCCCCACUGUGCCCUCUACCUCUCCUCUCUCCAGGGUCUUGGCAAUGCCGAUCUUUGGCAUUGACACCUGAGUCCAGACCAUUUGCUCAGCCAAGGGUAUUGCAUGUUUGCUUCUGAUUUCCUCUCUAGAACUUCGCACAUGUCAACAAGCGUUUCUGUGAAAUGAGAUGCUGUACACCGGCAUUCACCCACAUGCGGAUCGGUUGUUUUCACAAGGCCUGUGUGUUGUAAUCUUGAACAAAUCGUAGGUGGACAUUACCUGCUUUAAAAUCCUGUAUUCAUUAACGAACGCGAACAUUUCUUCACUGUCCUGAGUUUGUCUGGUUUUCUGAGAGUCCACGGGAGCUUUAAGAAGAAAUAAUAUUCACUAGAAAAGCUAAUGGUUAACCUUGAUUGCUCGAAAAGAAUGUAGAAGUCUUUGUUUCUGUCAAACGGCGAAACUUCGUCUGAAACAAUGGAGAUUGCUAAAGCUCUAUUUUUAAUUGCUUUCUUCAGCUAUGAUAAAUGCGAGUCUCUCCAAACAAGUUUACUACAAGCAGCCAGGCAGCAUGUUAAUGGGCAGGAUCACCUGGAGGAGAACCUACAAGCCAGUGUCAGCAUGAUGGUGGCUCAGUUCCUUCAGGAUGCAGCUUAUGACAAAGUCCAAGCCAUAGCGCAAGAGCUGCUGGAUCUCACUGGAAAGUGUAAGCUUCUCAAACCACACGAGUCCCCCUCAGAGUGUGCUCAGCGACUGAUGGCUACCUUCCUUACACAUGUUUGCGGCAACCAAGGGCUGGUGGAUAAUCAGGUGUUCACUGACUGUUGUAAGAGGGAAAAUGCAGCAAGACUCAGGUGUUUCCUGUCGUACAAGAAAGACGAUGCAGACAGCCGUGACACACCCCUGAUGCCAAGGCCUGAACUGAUCUGUGCGAUGGCAGAGGAGGGUAAUGUGUCCCUGAAAUUGAGGUAUAUCUAUGAAAUGUCUCGGAGACAUCCAUUCUUAUACGGACCCACUCUCUUGACCAUGUCGGCUUGCUAUGAAAUAGCCGUUCAGUCAUGUUGUCAAAAAGAAAAUGCAAUGGAGUGCCUGCGGACCAAGUUAGAGCCCAUCAGAAAAUAUAUUAGAGGAAUAUCUGCAAGGCAUCGUCAUUUAUGUGAAAUUGGUACCAAGUUCAGUGAGGAAGUAGCAAGCGCGGUAGAAUUGAUUCUAGUCACUAAAAAGCAACCUAAAGCGAAUUUUUCCGAAAUCGCCAAAUUGACCAGGGAUGUUAAAAAUCUGCAUGCGACCUGUUGUGAAGGGAACACAUUAGCCUGUGCCCUGGGCAGGACAUAUCAGAAGAGGACAUCGGACCCCAUUACAGAUGGUUAUGAGCCACCAUGUGGUUGCUGGGAAUUGAACUCCGGAAGUGCAGUUAGUACUCUUCACCGCCGAACCGUCUCUCCAGCCCCUCACCGACGGGUCUUAUAAAUGAAAGCACUGGUCACACAAGUAUGAGGACUGGUAUUCUGAUCGGCAGAACUCAUAAGACGCUGGAUGUGGUGGUUCAUACACAUCCAGUGUGCCCACAGUGGAAAGGGGACCCCAGAGGUAGGAGACUUCCCAGAAGCUCUCAGGUCAGUUAGUCCUACUAUGGCGGUGAGCAACCAGAGAACGAGAUCCAAACAAGAAGGAAGGCUUAGGACGGACAGUCGAGGUUGACCUCUGACCUCCACCAUACACCUGUACUCAGACAGUCACACUCCACACACCCAACUCACAUGUGUGCAUGCACAUGCAUACACACACACACACACACACACACACACACACACACACACACACACCACAUCCAUCGAAAAAGGCAUAGUGAAAAGUAUUUUUUACAUUUUAAACACUUGUGAAUCUCGUUAUGGUAUAUUUCAGUACUUGUGAUGUGAUAUUUAUGUGUUUGUACUGCAAUUUUCUCAUUUAAGCUAUAACUGCUAUGUAUAAAUAUAAAUACAUAUAAAAUUUGGGUAUUUGUUUAUGCUAAUUUCUAAAAAUGAACUCUUUUUUCCUUUUAAAAUUUCUAACAUUUAAAAAAUAGAUUCACUUUUAUUUGAUGUGCGUAUGGGUGUUUUCCCUGUGUCUAUGUACUGUGUAUGUGCAGCACCCAAGAGGGUCAGAGGAGGGUCGGAUCCUCUGGGAGUGCAGUUACAGACGAUUGUUAGCUGCCAAGCAGGUGCUGGGAAUCGAAUCCUGGGCCUCUAGAGGAGAAGCCAGUGCUCUUAACCCUUUCUCCAGCCCCCUGGACAGUUUCCAAAUACGGCCAGGCUAUGUGCUAUUUGAAGUGUUCAUUCAGCCUCAGAUUGAUAUGGAGACGGAAAAUACAGGACGCGUUGCCAUUUCCCCUGAUGUCUGCCCAUCUUAGUGUUUUUCCAGCAAAUCCUAAUUGCUCGUGGAUCCUGUAAUCCUAAACUCAUCUGCCUUUCCAGAUGCAAAACCAAUAUUCACAGCACUUCCAAUGUUGUUCCCAGGCUAACGCAUGCUCAGAGCAGCCAAAAAUUUGAGCUGCCCGAUACAUGUAUCACAGCCCUGGGAGGUCCAGCAAGGCUCUGUUCUGGAUUCGUUUCGGCGCUCACGCUGUAAACUUAUGUUCUUUUUCUUACUUGAUGGAAAUCUUUACGUUGGCGAUUCUGAGGCUCCAGAUACAGCAACACAGUGCUGCCCUCAGUACAAGAUGGCACCCGUGUUGUCCAGGAAACAGGCAGAUUAGAUCGAUGAGAUUCUGCCCUACACAGUGUGGUCUUGCGAUUGGCUAUGACUUCAACAUUGAGAAGCAACAGCCCCUAUUCUGAGCAAGGUUAUGUCCCGGUUGGUGAGUCGAUUGGUUAACGGUGUGGCCAGAGGCUCAGGGGAGCCCUGCAGUUUUCCCGGAGUGGCACUGAUUCAGUACAUACCAAUUUAGUGUUUAGACUUGGAAUCGACUGUUUACCUUGUCGAGUAUUUAAUGGGAUUCUUCAAAACAUCUCGCUUGUUAGCAUCUUCUCAUUAAGGGAAAUAGAGCCGUAGAUGACACUACCACUUGAAAUGAGAACACCAUCAAUUACGUAACUGUACGCUCCUUUUCUUAUGUGUUUGAUCUUCUUUUUAAUUAAUUGGCUCUGAAGAAAGUGAUGGUUUAAUUUAUUGGUCUUUUCCAAAACAAAUUCUUGGACUUAUUCGCUAGGUUUAUGCUUUUAAUUAUUUUUAAUUAUACUGGUUUUCUUCAUAGCUUUGUCUGCUGCUUCUAUCUCAGAUGCUUUGGUUGUCUGCUUACUGGUCUUCCCAUUCUGUUGAAAAUAACUGUGCUGACCCUUUCCCAGCCAUGUCGUGCUUUCUUACCUACUUGCUUCCAAUUAACUUCCUUUUAAAAAAAGAUUUACUUAUUUAUUAUAUAUAAGUACACUGUAGCUGUCUUCAGACACACCAGAAGAGGGCAUCAGAUCUCUUUACAGACGGUUGUGAGCCACCAUGUGGUUUCUGGGAUUUGAACUCAGGACCUCGAGAAGAGCAGUCGGUGCUCUUAACCACUGAGCCAUCUCUCCAGCCCCUCCUCCUCUAUUCUUAAUAGGUAGAUAAGAGUUUGAGACACUACGGAAGGUCAAAUAGACAUGCAUUUCUUUCCAAAAAGAGUUAAUGAUGAAUGUUUCUGGGAUUUUCAGUUUGCUUCUGGUAAAGCGGGGUGUGUGUAUGUGUGUGUGUGUGUGUGUGUGCAUUCAUAUCAAGUGUUCCUCUGCUAGACUCAUGACAGCAAACUAAGUCACGGAUCAAGUAAUCAAAGAACGACUUCCCUUCCUAUCCACAGCGCCAGCUC